AUGUCGACGGAUUUCACAACGGACCAGGGCAUGAAGGCCAAUCGCGAGACAGCCACCAAGACGCUGGUCGAAACCCAUUCGUUAGGCAAAACCUACGAUGGUUUCGCUGCCCUGCAGGAUUGUUCGCUGCAGGUGUUUGAAGGCGAAGUGUUCGGCCUGUUGGGGCCCAACGGUGCAGGCAAGACCACGCUGAUUCGCCUGCUGAUGGGCUUCCUGCAUCCCACGCACGGUUCGGCAACCAUCGCGGGAUUGGAUUGCUACCACGACUCGCUUGCCGUGCAUAGCAAAGUUUCUUACCUGCCCGGCGAGGCCCGCUUGUUUCGCCAGAUGCGUGGUCACGAGGUGCUGCGGUUCUUUGCCAAAGCCCGCCCAGGAGGCAACCUGCAACGUUCGCUCGAUCUGGCGGAUCAGUUGGAACUCGAUCUUUCACGACUGGUUGCCAACUGCUCAACCGGAAUGCGUCACAAGCUGGCGCUGGCCGUGGUGAUGGCGGUCGAUUGCCCGUUGAUGAUUCUCGACGAACCAACCGCCAAUCUCGACCCUACCGUGCGCGGCACCGUGCUCGACCUGGUUAGCGAUGCCGCAGCCCGCGGGCAAACCAUCAUCCUCUCCUCGCACGUGCUUUCAGAGAUUGAACAAGUCUGCGAUCGGGUUUCCAUCCUGAGAAAAGGCGAGCUGGUCGCCACCCAGCUCAUGAGCGACCUGCGACGACAGCACCGCAUUCGAGGGCAACUCACCGGUCCCCUGACCGAUCCACCAGAAGACAUCGCCAACGGCUUGGAAAUCCAAAAACGUGAUGACGGGCAGGUUGUGAUUCUCACCCCGGGCGAACUCUCACCGCUGUUGGGCUGGUUGGCUACGCUGCCGCUGGAAGAAGUCCACAUCGAACCGGUGGGGUUUCGAAUGAACGGCACCCUGUGGACCAAGGCCAUCAUCGAGGCCCGACUGCUCUUCGCCGCAGCCGCGCUGCUGCUAUUCGCCUUCAUGUGGAUUUUCGUCUGGAUCACCAGCCUGGUGGAUCUACAGGCAUUGCAGACGUUCCUCAAGACCUUUCCCCCAGAUAUCAUUGGUGUGAUCGGGGCCCCCAUCGAUGAAGUGGCCACCGUCGCCGGCCGUAUCGGUCUGGGGUAUGUCGACCCUGUCAUAAUUUUCACCUCCGCCGUCUGGGCCAUUUCGCGAGGCUCCGACGUGGUGUCUGGCGAGAUCAGCCGCGGCUCGAUGGAAAUGUUGCUGGCCCUUCCAAUCCGCCGCCUGGCCGUUUUGUUCACCCACGCCACCGUGACAAUCGUGGGGGCGGGUUUGCUAGCAGCCUCAGCUUGGCUCGGAACGAUGAUGGGAGUGACGACCAUCGACUUAGGCGAAUCAGUCAGCCCCAUGGCGUUCCUUCCCGCGGCGACCAACCUGUUCUCGCUCACCUUUUUCGUCGCCGGUGUGGCCACAAUGGCUUCGGCCAUGGACAGUUACCGCUGGCGGACGAUUGGCUUCGUCGGCGGUUUCUACGUGCUGGGGCUCAUUCUGAAGGUCAUGUCGCGAACGACCGAGCAGCUGGGUUUCUUACGGUAUUUCACCUUCCUGGGUGCCUACGAACCGCAAGAGCUCAUCACCAAAACACUGCACAGCACCCACGAUGCCUGGAUGACCGCCCUGCAAUACAACGUCAUUCUUCUGGCCAUGGGCGUGGCAGCCUACGUGGUAGCCGCCGUGGUGUUCAACCGCCGCGACUUGCCGGCCCCCAUCUGA